UGUCUUGUCCCACUUCCUUUUCAUCUUUUCUAUUUGAAGGAACAAUGAAAACCUAACACCUAGAAUUUACAGACUCAUAAGCAGGAAAAAAAAAGCAACACACCUUAGUUCUUACCCUAAGAACAACAAAACAAAACACAAAAAACAACAACCUAGUUUCUCAAAAUAACGUAGAUGGGCAGAGGAAAAGUGGAGUUGAAGAGGAUCGAAAACAAGAUAAAUCGACAAGUCACAUUUGCAAAACGAAGAAAUGGUUUACUCAAAAAAGCUUAUGAACUUUCCAUCCUUUGUGAUGCUGAGGUUGCUCUUAUCAUUUUCUCUAAUCGUGGUAAACUCUAUGAAUUUUCCAGUUCUAACAGCAUUGCUGAUAUACUAGAGAGGUACAACAGGUGCACCUAUGGAGCAUUGGAACCUGGUCAAACAGAAAUUGAGACACAGCGAAACUACCAGGAAUAUUUGAAGCUCAAAGCAAAAGUUCAGGUCCUUCAACAUUCACAAAGACAUUUUCUGGGGGAAGAUUUAGGAGACUUGGGCUCUGAGGAACUUGAGCAGCUUGAGCAUCAGUUGGACUUCUCUUUGAAGAAAAUCAGGUCAUUAAAGAUGGAGCGUAUGGUUGAGCAGCUUUCUAAACUUGAAAGAAAGGAAGAAAUGCUACUGGAAACCAACAGAAACCUGAGAAGGAAGUUGGAUGAAAAUGCUUCAGCACUAAGAUCAACAUGGGAAACUGGGGAGCAAAGUGUUCCAUGCAACCUCCAGCAUCCUCGAUUUCUUGAGCCUUUACAAUGCACCACUUCUAUGCAGAUUAGUUACAAUGUUCCAGCUGAUCUAACACAUGAAAACAUUGCUACUACAACUUCAGCACCAAGUGGAUUCAUCCCUGAUUGGAUGCUUUAAUAGUUUUAAAACAUUUUAAUAAUCAAAUAAAUACAUGUAUAAUCUCUUCUCUCUAGUGAUGAAACUAAUAGCAGAAAUUGGCUGUAUUUAAUUAUUAAAAAGGGUGGUCGAUGCUUGGGGUAAAGCUCCAUUUGUAAUAAUUUCUUGGAUUUUAAUUAUCAUGAAACCUAAGUUUUCAUAAUGUAUAUGCUACCAACCUUUCAUAUGUUAGUAUUUCACUCCCUUAGCUGAAGGGUAAAAUUGCAGUUUUAGUCCAUUGUAGUUAUGAAUUAUUUAAUUUAAGUCUUGACAUUUGGCCCCCAAUA